AUGGCGGAGCUUGGAAGUGUUAGGGAAUUCCUCGCCGGAAAGAGCGUUUUAGUGACUGGUGCAACAGGAUUCCUAGCCAAAAUUCUUGUGGAGAAGAUAUUAAGGAUUCAACCAAACAUUAAAAACUUAUACCUCCUUGUAAGAGCAUCAAGUCCUGAUUUAGCUUCCCAACGCUUGCACAAUGAGAUCUUUGGGAAGGACUUGUUCAGGGUGCAACGUGAUAAAUGGGGUGCAGAUUUUAGUUCCUUUAUAUCCAAGAGAGUAGUGGCUGUUGCAGGCGAUGUGUCUCUUGAAAAGUUGGGAGUAAAAGACGAAAACCUUUGUGAAAAGAUGUUGGAAGAGAUAAAUAUUGUAGUACAUGCUGCCGCAACUACCAAGCUUGAUGAGAGAUACGAUGUUGCAAUGGGUACCAAUAUGGUGGGAGCUUUUAAUGUUUUGAACUUCGCCAAAAGUUGUCGUAAGAUAGAGGUUCUUCUUCAUGUAUCUACUGCUUAUGUGAGUGGACAGCCGAAAGGACAUAUAACUGAGGAACCCUUCCGUAUGGGUCAGACGCUAAAAAUAUCUUCAAGAUUAGACAUCAACUUAGAAAAGCAGUUGAUAGAGGAAAAAUUGAGUGAACUUCAAGCAGAGAAUUCCAAUGAAGAAACAAUCACGUCAAUAAUGAAGAAAUUUGGAAUUAUAAGGGCAAGGUUGCAUGGAUGGCCAAACACCUAUGUAUUUACCAAAGCAAUGGGAGAGAUGAUUGUAGCAAAUAUGAAAGAAAAUCUACCUUUGAUCAUUGCACGUCCCACAAUGGUACUCAGCACUCGCUCUGAACCCUUUCCGGGUUGGAUUGAAGAAGUGAGAACUAUGGACUUUUUGGUUGUUGAGUAUUGUAAAGGAAUGAUAACAAGCUUUGUUGGUCAUCCAACGACAAUCAUAGAUGUGAUACCUGCAGACAUGGUGAUAAAUUCUAUGAUCAUAGCAUUGGUAACUUAUUCUAAAACUUCUUCCAAGAGUUUGAUCUACCAUAUUGGCUCUUCUUUCAGAAAUCCCUUCAAACUUUCCGACCUUUAAGAUAUUAUGUAUUGUUAUUUUUCAAAUAAUCUAUGGCUAAGCAAAUAUAGAAAGCCAUCAACUGUCACCAAAAAACUAACAUUAUACUCCACCAGCUUGGAUGAGUUUCACCAAAAUAAGGUACUACUGUAUUGUGCUGUUUAUUGCACUGAAUAA